AGAAGAAGCCGAAUCCUCCCGACGACGGACCCGACGCCAACGUCUAAACCGGGAUCGAGCGGCCGCCCACGAUUCACUUCUAAACGACUACUUUAAUAAUCCGUGUGUUUAUACACCGGAGGAUUUUAGUAAUCGUUUUCGGAUGAGUCGUCCUCUGUUCUUACGCAUACUCGCCGAUGUUGAACGCGAAGUUCCUUGGUUCAACCAACGAUGGAUAUUACUUCGCCUCCGAUCCCUUCUUUAGACUUUGACAAGCUUAGAGCGAUCAAAGUACUGGGCAAAGGCGCCAUGGGAACCGUCUUUCUCGUCCACAAUACUUCCACUGACCCCACCGCUCUCUCCCCCUUCGCUCUCAAGGCCGUCGACAAGUCCCUUUCCACCGACGACGAGCGCCGCCGUGCUCGCUGGGAGAUUUCCGUCCUCACCCGUUUCCGCCUCCACGACCCGCCCCACCCGUUCCUCCCCUCUCUCAUCGGCUCCUUCGACGGCGACCUUCUCUGCUGGGCGGUGCCGUACUGCCCCGGCGGCGACCUCAACGUCCUCCGUCACCGUCAGAACGACAGCGUCUUUUCCCCCUCCGUCAUCCGAUUUUACCUGGCGGAAAUCAUCCUCGCCCUCGAGCAUCUCCACGGAUUGGGCAUUGUGUAUCGCGAUUUGAAGCCUGAAAAUAUCCUCAUUCAGCAGUCCGGUCACGUGACCCUAACCGAUUUCGAUCUUUCCCGAAGCUUGACUCCUAAAAUUCUCGACCCGGUCCACGUUUGCUCGGAUCCUGAACCAGAAACCCACCUGUACAACAGAUCCUCCAGGCGCUUCCUCCUUAAGGGGAGAGGGACGAGGAAAGGGACGGUGAGCGCACGCGUUUCGCCGGUGAGCAGGAGGAGCCCGGGUUCUUUCUACGAACGCUCGAAUUCCUUUGUGGGCACGAAUGAGUACAUGGCGCCGGAGGUUUUGAGAGGGCACGGCCAUGAAUUCGCCGUCGACUGGUGGGCCCUCGGAGUGCUCUGCUACGAGAUGUUGUACGGAAGGACUCCGUUCCGGGGGAAGCACAGAAAGGACACUUUCCGGAGAAUACUGGUGAUGCAGCCUGGGUUCGUGGGGAAGCCGAACGCCUUGACGGACUUGAUCGGAAAACUGCUGGAGAAGGACCCCACGCGCCGGUUGGGGUACUGGAGAGGCGCUUCCGAGAUCAAGGAACACGACUUCUUCCGGGGACUGAGAUGGGAUUUAUUGACGGAAGUUGGACGCCCGCCGUUUCUGCCGUCAAAAGAUGAGACGGAGAUUAGUGGGAAAUGCGGGAUCGAUAUCCGGGAUUACUUCGAGAGGCUAAAGGCUCCGUCGUCGCCCUUGUGGUCGCCGUCACCCGAUAACCGGAGACAUAACGUGUGGCUGACGGAGUUUUAACGAACGCGUUUGUAAAGAGGGUGUUUUUAUUACGUACUAAUGGUAUAAUGUAAAUAGUACCCCGAAUAAAUGAAGACGUGAUGA